AUGGCUGCGCUCCGGGUGUGCGGCGCCGGCGUGGGCAACACUUUAGCCCGCCGGGCUCCCCUGGGCCCCCCUUGCGACCUCUGUGCCGCCAUGGUGGCUUCAAGCGCGGCUCCGAGGGCCUACGACUCCCUCGACUUCCACGCCUUGCUGCUCCUCGUGUGCUGCGACGGCUCCUCCUUCACGGGCGAUCUGGAUGUUUCCGUGGACUUUCGGGACUUUCGCUUCAACGGCGGCUUCUACCAGCUAGGGUGGCUCUUGGGCAUGGUCUCCGACCCCUGCGACUUCGAUGGUGUGGCGGACCUUCGGGUGGUUUGGUCGGCUACUUCCUCGACUACCUCAACUUGCUGCUCUACGUGUACCACGGUGUCUACUACACGGGCGACCUGGGCAACGACUAUGUGGACCUUCGGGACUUUGGCUUCAACGGCGGCUUCUACUCGCAGGGGCUGCUCGAGGACCUGGUCUCUGGCCUUGCUGUUCCUCGUGUACCGCGGCGGCUACCACAUGGGCGAGCUGGGCAACGACUACCUGGACCUUCGGGACUUUGGCUACAACGGCGUCUUCUACCAGUGGGGGCGGCUCGUGGGUCAGGUCUCGGGCUUGUGCGAUUUUGGCGGAGUGGCGAUCCUUCGACUUUGGUCGGCGGCUCCUUCUACUACUUCUACACGCUGUGCUUUGUGUACCACGGCGGCUACUACCACCGAGGCUCUGGGCAACGACUACCUGGACAUCCGGGACUUUGGCUACGACGGCGACUUCUACCAGUGGGGGCAGCCGGGCCUGGUCUCGGGCUUUUGCGACUGUGGCGGGCUGGCGAACCGGCACCUUUGGUCGGCGGCUUCUUCCACUGCUUCAACGUGCUGUGCUUGGUGUACCACGGCGGCUUCUACCACUGAGGACCUGGGCUUCGACUACUUAGGCCUCCGGGACUGUGGCUUCAACGGUGACCUUUACCAGUUGGGACUGCUCUUGGGCACGGUCUUUGCUGCUGGCGGCUGCGACGGAGAGGCGGACCUCUUUGUGCUUCGCUACUGCGGGGGCGACCUUGACGACGACCUCGGGGACCUCUGGGACUUCGACUUCAACGGCGGCUUCUUCUCGCAGAGGUUGCUCAGAGGGCAGAGUCCAUGGUCCCAGACACUGCUGAAGGAUGCGAUGCUGAUGCUACGACACCCUGCACUUUCUGCUCUUUCAGCUUCGGCGAGCUCCUGGAGUGCUGCUGGCUUCGCCGCUGGCCUGCACGUCGACUGA